GCGUUGACUUGGUUAGAGGCCAGAACUAAGUGCAUAAAUGAUGCUCAUUGAACAGGGCAACAGAGUCAAGCAAAGUGUUCCUUACGACUCUGCAAAGCCUCCGGUCAGGGUAACAGACAAAGGGCCGAAAGCUUCCCCGAGCCGGGGACAGAAUCUCCAGGCCCCGCAGCGCGAGUGCGCGGGAGCGCGCGCAGGCGGGGGAGUGGCACCGAAGAACCCAGCGCCCCAGGCCGUUCUGCCCCGCGAGGGAAACGGAGCCGUUGACCAUGGUUGCAACUGGCAGUUUGAGCACGAAGAACCCGGGCAGCAUUUCAGAGGUGCUGGACCACGGCUUCUACCCGGGGAGCCUGAUAAACGAUUUUGACUACUGGGAUUAUGUUGUUCCUGAACCCAACCUCAAUGAGGUAAUAUUUGAGGAGACAACUUGCCAGAGUCUGGUCAAAAUGCUGGAGAACUGUCUGUCCAAAUCCAAGCAAACCAAACUGGGUUGCUCCAAAGUCCUUGUCCCUGAGAAACUGACCCAGAGAAUCGCGCAGGACGUCCUCCGCCUCUCCUCCACGGAGCCCUGCGGCCUGCGAGGGUGUGUCCUGCACGUGAACAUGGAAGUGGGCAAUGUAUGUACAAAGCUGGAUAGGAUUGUGUGCGACUCCACUGUGGUGCCCACUUUUGAGCUUACACUCGUGUUUAAGCAGGAGAACUGCUCAUGGACCAGCUUCAGGGACUUUUUCUUUAGUCGCGGUCGCUUCUCAUCCAGCCUCAGACGAACUCUGAUCCUGAGCUCAGGAUUUCGACUUGUUAAGAAAAAGCUUUACUCCUUGAUUGGAACGACAGUCAUAGAAGAGUGCUAAGAGGGAAACAUUUUAAAAGGUCCUUUUUAUGAUUGGGUAAUAAAACUCUGCAGCUGCUCAGUUACAGUCAUUGUAGUUUGCCCUGCCUGCUUUCAACGAAAAACCCCAAAUCAAGUUCUUCUGUAUUUCAUAGUCACAGCAACCCCAACUAAAAAGAUUAUUCUGUGGCUUUUUGAGAAAUGACCCUCAUGUCUGCAUUAUACCUUUUUUUUUUUUUUUUUUAACAAAAUGGAAUGGAAUGAAAUGGAGUAAGGAAGGAAAAGGAGCCAUCCACUUUAGCUUUGUAUUUGACCACACGAAGUUUUCCAUGUAGUCUUGCUGAUAGACUAUUAAACCAACUUUGUGUAGUUUGAUUUUCAUAUUGCUUUUUUUCUGUAAGUUUUCAGAGUGAUCCUAUCAAUCACAGAAUCUUACUGAGUGAUGUUUAGUCCAUCAAUACUUCCAGAAGCCCACACCACCAAUUCCCUGCCCCUACCCUAAUUUGAAGGGUGCUUAUACAGGAGAAUAGAAUUAAGUGGGUGAGCAUAAUUAACACUUAACCCCAUGCAAGAGUGAAUAAGAAACCAUCAGGAAAACAGAACUACUUCACUGGUUGUUGGGUUUUUGUUGUUGUUGUUGUUUUUGCAUUCUCUCCACUCUUCUGGGUGUUUUUGUUCGUUUGCUUUAGUGUGUGUUUUUAAACAUGUUUUAUUGAUUUUUAGAGGAAGGGAGAGAGAGAAACAUCCAUAUGAGAGUGAAACAUCGAUUGGCUGCCUCCUGCAUGCCCCCUACCAGGGAUCAAACCCGAAACUCAGGCAUGUGCCUUGACUGGGGAUGGAAUAAGCAACCUUCCGUGCACAGGAAGAUGACCAACCAACUGAGCCACACCAGCAGGGUUUCACUCUUCUGUUCUAAAGAGGUGGCAUAAACUGAAGCUGCCAUUUAUAACUACAGUAUUGUUUUAAAUAACUUCAUGGACAAUAUAAACUCAGUUUUUCUAGUGCUCAAGUGUUGAAUGAUACCUUUAAACUAGAAAAAAAAUGGAAAAUGUUAAGCUGUUAUUUUGCAUAUAGUUGAUUUCUUUUUUUUUUUUUAUGUGAAUGAAUAUGGAGAUAGGACAUGCAUUCUCAGUUCUCAUCCCUUCCUCAUUCGUUUGAUAAUCUAGCUUCUUUUCACUAUUAUGUAUGCUUAAUCUCAGAUGAACCCUCCUACCAGUCAGUGUUAUCUCAUCCCUAGCCUCUCCUAUGAACCCAACUAUCUUUACCCAUUCUUCAAAGGAGAUAGCUGUAGACUACCACUUUUCAUUAUUAAGAUGUGUCUAUUACAACAGACUAGAGAAUGAAAGCCAGGAUGGAACCCAGCUUUCUUCAACCUAGGAUACCUGUCCCUAGGGAACAAUAAAGGCCUUAUGUUUUUCUUGUUCUUACUGCCUAGAUCAUUAGUCUUUUUUAUGCUAAUGAGAGAAUGUAACCUCCACACUACAGUGUUCAUUUCUGCAAGUCCUUCACAUCCUUACUAUGGGUCAUGAAUAAGGACUUUAUUUACAUCCUCUGUCCAAGCUAUUAGCAUCAGUUUACAUACCUGAGGGUGGUAGGGACUGAUGGCUUCAUCCUGGUGCAACUCAAAAGCAGGUAGAUCCUGUUACUCUAACUAUGGGUGACCUAAAACUUCACUACUCAAAUCAUAGAGCCCUCUCUAGGACUAGGCCAGCGUAAGUCAACCUUGUGUUGCAUGUCUAUUAUUAGUUAGGUUCUGAAGGUCACUGAUUCUGUGGGCGAGGCUUCUCCAGCAGGAUGUAGAGCUGUUGUCCCUUUUCCUCUAAACAGUUGUCUUUUAUGUUCACAAAGUGGUGAUAAUGGCUUAUGGAGACCUUUACUUAAUAUUUCUGUUAAAGGAAAUUAAAGUUUGUCUAUUUUUGACAAUAAAGCAUCAUAUAUUUUUAA